AUGUCUUCUGGGACAUUAUUAUCGCCUUCUACAUUCUCCGAAAGUUCGAAGACAGGGAGCAGCAGGUCAGCGGCCAGCGGUACAGAGAAAGACAGAGAAGAAGACCUAACCAAGGACAAUGCUGCUUCACCCAUCGACCUGGAGUGCCACAUCCAAGCGGAGCGCAUCACUAAGAUAUUGGACGAAGCGGUCUACAAGACGAAGUUAGCCAUCUGUCUUCCUAAACUGGUGCAGGAGUACGAUACCCUCAGCUCUAUCCUCUCAGCACAUCAUAUGGAUGACCUAAUCUUCAUUUUCGAGCAGUACGACAACCCACUGUUCUCAACCAGCUUACUAAAUAUGGCAGCGAUGGAGGACAUUAAAGCGGGUGACUUAUCAAUGAAGAACAGGCUGAACCCUGAGCUCGGACAUCUUCUUUAUAUUAUGAACAGCUACCCCGCACUCCGACCUAAGGUGGAGGAAAUGAUACAAGAGAUGGAAGAAGAAGGCCCUAGCGACAAGGAAGGCUACAAAAUAAGCGGCAUUUCCGGGCUGGGCUAUUUGCGGACGCUACAGCAGUUCCGAGAGCUGAUGAUAAGGCAGCUUCAUACUACCGCCGCUGAAGAGCUGGCCACUAAGAUCAACACCAGGAAACUGGAGGCGUCUAACGAGAAACUCAUCGCCAAAAUUAAAGAAUACACGGCAACUCUGAAGGAGGAGAACGACCGUUUCGAAGAGACUAUGGCGCUUAAAACCGAUAUCAUCAAGAAACUCGAAUACGAACUGAUGGUGCUCAACCACGAUGCCUCGAUAAAGUUGAAAAAGAAAAUUUUGGACUCGGACCGCCAGAUGGUGUUAGCGUCACGUGCGCACGCGGUGAAGAGCGAGAUGCUGAAAGAGGAGGAGAUCGAAACCCGCGAGAGUUAUGAGACCUUGUUGCGGCAACACCUUAUCGAAGAGAAAAAUCAAAGGGCCCGAAGGUUCAAAGUGGAAACUCAGCUAAUGUCGUGGCUACAGAAGUACGACGUUGAAAUGGGGGACAAGCAGGUGGAGCUGGACGAGUUCACAGAGAAAUACGAUGAUGAGGUGCAACAGUGCGAGAAAUUGGAGGAGGAAUUAGCGGAACAAGACAAGCAAUACAUUCCCCUCAUGGCAGAGCGUGAGGCGGAGUAUCAGCAGGAGAUGGUGGAGAAGAUGAACAAGUUCCUGAUGGAACAUGCCGCCCGAGUGAUCCAGAACGCUUGGCGAGAGGUGUUGGCCAACCGUGCUGAGAAAAAGAGGCUGAAAAAACUUCAAAAGAAGAUGCAAGCGGCCGCCGCUGCAGCGGAGAAAAAAGGAGGGAAAAAAUGA